AGUGUGCGCGUUCGUAUUUCAACCUAACCACGCGCUGCAAACAACAAAUAAUCUUUUUUUUUUUAUUAUCCGUAAAUAAUAAAUUCGAAAAGAAUUAUUCGCAAUACUAUCGAGUAUCGUAACUAUAUAGUAUAAUGGGUAAAACUCGAAACGGGAAAGCUGCUGUUAUAUGUACAGCAAUUGCGUUCCUUUUAAUUAUAAUUGCAUUCACCACACCCAAUUGGCUUGAAACAGACGGAAAAUUGGAAAAUCCAAAAUUUAUUAAAAUCGGUUUAUGGCAGGUGUGUUUUCAAGGAUUUGAACAUCCACAUCAUCUGUAUGACACAAAAUUUUAUGGUUGUUGGUGGGUGUUUGAAGAGGAAUAUUACAUAAUUCAUGAUAUACUUUUGCCAGACUUUUUUGUUGCAACACAAUUUUUCUUUACAUUGUGUUUGACUUUAUUAUUAAUAGGAAGUUUUUUAACUGUAUUAUACACAUGUUGCUCACAGCAUCAUGAUAAAUAUCAGAUGCUUUUAUGGACAACUGGUGGAAAUUUGGUACUAGGUGGAAUAUGUGGCAUUAUAGCUGUUAUAAUAUUUGGUGCACGAGGUGAUGGUAGAGAUUGGAUGCCCAAUUGGGAACAUAAUAACAUUAGUUGGUCUUAUGCAUUAGCUGUAUUUGGUAGCUUUAUUUUGAUUAUAGCAGGAAUAUUGUUCUUGAUUGAAGGCCGUAGACACAGAAAAAAACAAGAAAGAAUAUUAAAUGAAGAACAAAAAACACAUACAACUAUUUAA